AUGCAAUCCACGGCGAAUAAUAAUAAUCCCAAGAACACCAGAAGGGAUAGGAAGACAGUUGACUCACGAGAACCCCAGAUUACUUCCCAGGGAAAAUCUGACAAUUUUUGUUGCUCCAACAAAUCUACUCGGUCCUUCAGUUUUUCCGUAUCAAAUGAAAAGGAAAAUAGCUUUGGAACCAACUCCUGUCCCGUCAUUGAUGAUCGUUCAAAUUCUGCAUCGCCUACAAGAAGGCAACCCCAUCCAGCUGGAAUGAACAGGUUUAGGGGCUUUGGACAAACACCAGGUAAUGAGGAACGCAUACUCGAGUGGCCUCCACCAGAACCGCGCCCUAUUUUUUUCCGCCAAAUUACUCCUCAAUUCGGGGUGAUGUUUGGUGGUCUGCCCCAGCUUCCACAAAAUCACGACGUCUGGUUUUUCGGUCCGACAGCUAAUAUACAGCAGUUGAUUUUCGAGAGUGGACCUGAUAUGAUAGAGCUAGAUGAUGAUAAUCUGAAUGAAGAAACAUCACCACAACUGUCACAAGAUCACGGCUCUGGAUUGCAUAGAACUACAAGCGACUCAUCGUUAAACACUGAUCCCCGAACUCUUGAAACUGAUAUAGGUGAAGCUCGCACUGCAGGAGAACUCACCCGUUUGUUGAUGUCAUCGGCCAUCGAACCUCAAAUUUCAGAGGCCCAGAUGCCCGCUGAAUCGGGUCAGUCCCUAGAAGAAGCUUACAUGGAACUGACUCCAGGAAUCUCUGUUACGCCAUCGGACGAAGACGUGCAUAGUGCUAUUCGCAUUCACCAAGCCAAUUCAGAACCGCCUCCACGACCGAUAUUUUUCGUAAUUGUGGAUACUAAUGAGGGUGGACCUGCUGAUGAUGAGCAACAAGCCGCACAGUUUCAUUUUGCGCUGAUGCAACUCUUGGCACAAUUGGAAUCCACAUCGGAUGAAGAACCUCCAGUUGAAAGUUAA